UUUUCGUCUAUCUUCUCAGCACACACACCAUGGAGAAGAUCGCAGACCACGACAAAGAUGUCCUCCAGACGCAAUCCCGGACCCUCACCCCGGACGACACCAGUACCCAGGAUGGGCCUCUGUCGGUGCCCGCCACCGCAAAGCCCGAGGACCACGAGCACGAGUGGCUCACGGGCAUUCCCCUCGCCAUGGUGGUGACGGGUAUCACCCUGGUGGUCUUUCUCAUGCUGCUGGACGUGUCCAUUGUAUCCACGGCCAUCCCCCACAUCACGAAUCACUUCCAUUCUCUCGGCGACGUGGGCUGGUACGGCAGCGCCUACACCCUCGCCAGCGCCUCGCUGCAGCCCCUGACGGGCAAGUUCUACUCCAACUUCCCCUCCAAGUGGACCUUCCUCUCCUUCUUCACCAUCUUCGAGCUCGGGUCGCUCAUCUGCGGCGUCGCCACCUCCUCGAAGAUGCUCAUCAUCGGCCGCGCCGUGGCCGGCAUCGGCUCGUCGGGCAUGGUCAACGGCGCCCUGAAUAUCCUGGCGGGCGCCCUGCCGAUGCAUCGCCGCCCGCCCUUCAUGGGCAUCAUGAUGGGAUGUUCGCAACUGGGCCUGGUGCUCGGACCGCUGAUCGGGGGUGCCUUCACCACAUACACGACCUGGCGCUGGUGCUUCUACCUCAAUCUCCCCAUCGGGGGCCUGGUCGGGGUCCUGCUGGUCUUCACGCGGAUCCCGGAGCAGCAGGUCAAGCCCCCCUUGCGCAGCAUCGAGUGGGCCACCUUCUACAAGGGCUUCGACCUGUUCGGCUUCGUGCUCUUCGCGCCGGCGGCCAUCCAACUCCUGCUGGCGCUGGAAUGGGGCGGCAACAAGUUCGCCUGGAGCAGUGCCACCAUCAUCGGGCUCUUUUGCGGCUCCGCGGGGACCUUCCUGGUCUUCGGGCUGUGGGAGCGCCGCAUGGGGGACGUGGCCAUGAUCCCGGGCCACCUGGUCACCCGCCGCAUCAUCUGGUGCAGCUGCCUGGUCAUGGCGACGAUGUUCGGCCAGACCAUGGUCCUGGCCUACUACCUGCCCAUCUACUUCCAGGCCGUGCGCGGCAAGUCGGCCCUGAUGAGCGGUGUCGACCUGCUGCCCAACAUCCUCUGUCAACUCGUCAUGGCCGUGACCUCGGGCAUCCUGACCGGUCGCAUCGGAUACUAUCUGCCGUGGGGCAUCGGGGGAUCUAUCCUGGCCGCCAUCGGGUCCGGUCUCAUCUCGACGCUCUCGCCCACCACCCCCGUCCGGAACUGGGCCGGGUUCGAGGCCCUCAUCGGAUUUGGCCGCGGCGCGGCGACGCAAGUGCCGAUGAUCGCGAUACAAAAUGCCGUCACCCCGAAUCAGAUCUCCACCGCCAUGGCGCUGAUGACCUUCUCGCAGACCUUCGGCGGGUCAAUUUUCCUGGCCGUCGCCGAGGUCAUCUUUUCCGCCGGUCUGCGCAAGGAGAUCCCCAAGUAUGCGCCGGCCGUCAGUGCCGAAUCCGUCAUCGCCGCCGGCGCCACGGGCUUCCGGGAGAUCGUCCCGGCGGCCGAUCUGGUCGCCGUCUUGAAGGCCUACUCCAAGAGUAUCGAUGGCGUCUUUUACCUGGGGGCCGGCUUGGUCUGCGUGCAGUUCAUCUUCACGUGGGGCAUGGGAUGGAAGAACAUCAAGAAGGGGAAAGAGGCGAAGAAGCCCGCCGAGAGUAAAGAGGAGGUCUAA